GGCUGUUGUAAGAAAGUUCUUGAUCUGACACUCUUUUGCUGUCCCCUCCCUUCUUUGUUCUCUUCCUUCUUUCUCUGAUUACAUCCAAAAACAACACCCAGCUGCCAGAGGUCAAUGUUUAAUAUUGCUGUGUGUUUAUAUAGUCCCCGGGAGCAGCGCUGGGCCUUUCAGCACCGGGCCAGCUCCACCAUGGCUCCCUGCUGGCAGGUGGUUCUUGCCUUCAGGAAAUACCUGGUCAUCAUCCUGGUGCCCCUUCUCUUCUUACCACUGCCUUUGGCUGUUCCUACCAAGGAGGCCCAGUGUGGUUAUGUUAUCAUCCUGAUGGCACUGCUGUGGUGCACGGAAGCUUUGCCGUUGGCUGUCACAGCACUCCUUCCUGUCCUGCUCUUCCCAAUGAUGAAUAUCAUGGAUUCGACAGCAGUCUGCAGGGAGUAUCUGAAGGACACCAAUAUGCUUUUUAUUGGGGGACUGCUGAUGGCCAUUGCUAUAGAGAACUGGAACCUACACAAGCGCGUUGCUCUGCGGGUCUUGCUCAUCACUGGUGUCAGACCAGCCCUACUUCUGAUGGGUUUCAUGCUCGUGACUGCAUUCCUGUCCAUGUGGAUCAGCAAUACAGCCACCACUGCCAUGAUGGUGCCCAUAGCACAGGCGGUUCUGGAUCAGCUGCACCAGUCAGAAGUGGAAUCUGCAGCAGCCAACCAAGUGCUUGAGAACGACAACAAGGCCUUUGAACUGCAAGAAGAGCCAACGAAAUCAAACAGCUUCAAAGAAACGGAGGAAAAAGGUAAUAACCAUGUUCUGGCAGCUGAGGAAGGCAAAGAGAGAAAUGAACACCCUAUAGACGAGAAGCACAAGAAACUCUGCAAGGGAAUGUCUCUCUCCAUUUGUUACGCAGCCAGUAUUGGAGGGAUUGCAACUCUGACUGGGACAACACCAAAUCUGGUGCUGAAGGGACAAGUUGACGAGAUCUUUCCCAACAAUGACAACGUCAUCAACUUUGCCUCUUGGUUCUCUUUUGCUUUUCCCACCAUGGUUGUGUUGCUGAUUUUGGCCUGGAUUUGGCUGCAAAUUCUGUACUUGGGCUUUAAUUUUCAGAAGAAUUUUGGUUGUGUGAGAGAUCCCUCAGCAAAGACCAAGGAGAAACAGGCCUAUCAAAUUAUCAAGGAUGAGAACAAGAAAUUGGGUUCCAUGAAAUUUGCAGAGAUUGCAGUUCUGGUCCUCUUCACCCUACUGGUACUGCUCUGGUUUACAAGAGACCCUGGUUUCAUACCAGGCUGGGCAACAGUUCUCUUCAACAAAAAUGGUACAAGCUUUGUCUCUGAUGCUACAGUUGCCAUCUUCAUUUCACUUCUGCUGUUCGUCAUCCCUUCCGAAUUUGCUAUCAAGAAGCAGACAGGCAGCAAGACAAAGAUCCGAGCGCCUCCAGCUCUCCUGAACUGGAAAGUAGUUCACGAGAAAAUGCCAUGGAACAUCGUGUUCCUGCUGGGAGGUGGCUUUGCCUUGGCCAAAGGCAGUGAGGAAUCCGGUCUGUCCGGAUGGUUGGGUACCAAACUGACUCCUCUGGAGCAUAUCCCUCAUCCAGCCAUUGCGUUCCUGUUGUGUCUCCUUAUUGCUACUUUCACUGAGUGUGCCAGCAACGUGGCCACCACCACCCUCUUUCUCCCUAUCCUGGCUUCAAUGGCUCAAUCUAUCUGCCUCAAUCCACUCUAUGUCAUGCUGCCCUGUACACUUUCGGCAUCGUUGGCAUUCAUGCUCCCAGUGGCCACCCCCCCUAACGCCAUUGUCUUCUCAUACGGACACCUCAAGGUUAUAGACAUGGCCAAAGCUGGAUUUGUACUCAACAUCCUGGGCGUUCUGACAAUAAAUCUGGCCAUCAACACCUGGGCUUCAUCCUUGUUCAAGCUGAAUACCUACCCAUCUUGGGCAAACUCAACGAAUUGCUAG